CUCCACUUGUAUUCUGAUGUGAAAUUAUUGCGAUGUUAAGCAGCAGCGGGGAAUAAAUAGCUGUUCCUAGCUAUUUCACUGCAUCCCCUUCUCUCUCUCUCCCUCACUAUGGGCAGCAGUAACAAAACUAAUAAUACGUUGGAUCAAUGCUGCUGCUAUUAUAAAACAGAACAAAAUCUCUUCUUUAUCAGUUUAUGUUUCAUAUCGUUUGUCGCUCUGAUUUCGUCUUUUAUUCAAUCAGAGUACUUAACCAUCCGCUGUUUCAUUUAACAAAUUAUCUGACCAUCAACUUAACGGCAUCAUCUCCACCAUCGUACUCUGAGGAAGCGAACAAGAGAAGCAUAUGUGAUAUCUUCAUUUUGCAAAAAAUUUACCAAGCUAUAUAUUUACUCAUAAUUUUUCUCAAUACAGUUUUAUUUAGUAUCUUGGAUUGCUGUAUGUCUACGCUUCGAGAAUGGAAAAAGUUAGCCUGGUUUGGCACAAUUGCGUUCACACUUUUUACGUUAAUGAACUUUUUUCAAUACACAAAGAACCAGACUAGCAUCGAUGCCAGAAAUAAUAUUCCAGCUGGAAAGGAAAAAGGACAUCUGAAGACCAUCAUCGACAUGUUAUGUCCAAACAGUGGGACACUCUGCACUGAGAGGAUUGAAAUGAAUGGCAAAGAGGAUAUAUUCUCUGACUUCAGUGAAAAAUUACGACGCCAUGUGGAACAAUGUAUUGAAAAGUUGCAAAACUUUCCUCCGGUUACUUACCAACACACCCUUUUGACUCUCUUCACAACAUGGGAUUAUCAUGAUUCUAAGAAAGAACUCCAUGAAAACACCGUCCGUAAUUGGCUUGCAUUAGGUCCGUCCGUCAAGGUGAUUGUCUUCUCUACCAAUCCUGAGACAAGAAUUUUCUGUGAAAAGAUUGGUUGUAAUUACCAGUCUAUCACUGUUCAGCGUGUAACUGGAGUGCCUUUAUUGAAAUCAAUGUAUUUAGAAGCACAGAAAUCAUUUGAUAGCUUUUUUUAUGCAUUUGCCAAUGCGGAUAUUUUAUUUGAAGCAAAUCUAAUCAAGACAUUGGAGCGUGUUUUGUAUAUGUUUAAUAAUACAGAAAAGGCAAUUUUGAUAAUUGGACAACGGACAAAUGUUAUGAAUGUUACCAAAGAAGAAGCUGUUCCAGUUGAUUCUGUGACUAAAAUUGCCCUGGACCGUGGAACUAUAUUCCGAACUGAUGCUGAAGAUUAUUUCAUUACAUCAAGGCCAUUUCCAUGGAAAGCAUUUCCAGAUUUCAUUGUUGGAAGUCCAGCAUAUGAUAAUUGGUUAGUUGCAUAUGCUAUUCAUAAUAAUUUCUUAACGAUAGAUGCCACAAAUUCUAUCAUAGCUGUACAUCAGACCACGAGGUCUGGAAACUAUGAUGGGCAUCACAAACGCUUUACGGAUUAUAAUCUUAAAUUAAUUAGAAAAAUACGCUCACGGGUUAAUGUCCUUGCUGGACACACAAUUUGUACAAAAUAUUUUGCUCAAAAAGACUUUUGUGGGCUCACAGAAAUUCUUCUGCGCAGAACAAAUCCUUGUGCCAAGCCAAAAUCCAGAAGAGGAUGAUGGAUAUAUAUCUAUUUUUGGAAAAAAUAAUAAAGUUGUAUAAAUCACCACACACUUUUAAAAAUAAAAGAACAACAAAAAUCCAAUAAAUUUAUUUUAUAUGUUUAUUUUACAAUAAAAAAUUAUUGAAAGUUUUGUUAGAGCACUGUGUUUUGCUUGGUCCUACCAACCAACAGCACAUGUUUGGGCAUCAGGUCAUUGGUAAUAUAUAAUUUAAAAAAAUCAUAAUUUUAUAAAAAAAUUUUGGACCAGACUGUUCAGUAGUUUCCCUUCAGAGCAUUUUUGAAUGAUGGGCAACUCUUCAGUAAGGAAAGUAUUUGUAAAUAACUGAAACUGCUUAAAUUAUAGACUUGGUGCCUGACAAUUCCUUGAUUCCAUGACAAAUGUAUUUUCCUGUUAUAUAACCCCUAAAUGCUGUGUUUCUGCUGAUGUGAUGUCAGUGUUGUGUUUGAAAUUGUCAACAGUUAGCAAUAUUUUGAGAAUGGUUAAUAAUUUAAAUUUUGGUGUUUGAUUAAUAUAUUGUCUUAUUGAAACUAUGAUGUAAAUGGUAAAGGAAUGAAUCUACAGGAAAGAUUUCUGUGUCUGUAUAAAGGUUAUUCACUGAACAUAUGAAGUCUUCAUUUAUCACUUAUUACCAAGUUUGAAUACAUUUGAAAAUACAUCCAAAUAUCUUCUAUAACUGAUUUCGUUAGUAUCAUUUUAGCCAUUUCUAUGGCUUUCAUUUAAUAUCCUUGAAUCCAUAUUUUUGUCUUCAUUUUUUUGUUACAUUCCUUUUUCACUAUUCCAGCAUGAGUAUGUUUGGUGAUGCUUAAAUAUAUAAUUACAUACACAUCAUUAACAGCUCAUUAACAGCUGGGGGCUUCUCCUCACAAGAAUUCAUGUGAAAAAAACCAUGGAUCUCAGUCUAAUUUUUUUAUGAGUCACUCUUAUAUUUAUGAGUGAUUCUGGUAGCUACAAGUGAAUCUGGUACUUACAAAUUACUCUAGUAUUUACCAGUGACUCUGGUAUUGGUAUAACAUUAUGACUUACUGAAGGGAUAUCCUUCUUGAAGAGGUGUGCCAAAUACCCAGUCACCUAACUCUUUUAGUAUCCUCUUAUAUGAUCUAUGGUUGGCUGGCUUGGUUUCAAAGUUGACCUUGAUAAUUAGAAACAUUUCAAUGUCAUCAUAGAAGAGUAAUUACACCAGUAUUUAAUUGGUAAACACUUAUGUGAACUUUAUAUUUAGAUAAGAAGUCAUAUUUUCUUUUGUUUCAUUCCAAGUCUCUGUGUUUAAAUACACUGUUUUUAGUAAAGUGGGUGCUAAACAUAUUUAAUGCAAUGAGGUAAGAAACUGUAAUUAAAUAUAAUUUCACUUAUACUAAGAAGAAAUAAUUAUCAGCUAAAUGAUUAAUUCUGGUCAAGAAAGGCAUGGGACACAUUCCUGGAAUUAAAUUCAAAUUGAUAAUAAAAAAAAUAGAAUACAGUGUUGGAGUGUUUUUAGAGAGUUACUUUACCUUUAGAUCUACAUUGAAUUCAUAGAGAUUAAUCUUUAGGGUUAAAACAAAGGUCUUGGACAGACUUUCCUUAGAAAUAAGGUGGGAUAGCCAUGGUUGAAAUGCCUGGUCAUAGAUCUCAGAGUUGACAUGAGGCUAAUCAGCAACAAGAUGGAAUGGUCCUGUUUGGAAUACUUUGAUCAUGUCUUCCUUAUCAGCGUUAAACAAAAAUAAGAUUGGAUGGUCACAAAUGGAUUGCCUUAAUCAUGUGUCUGAUCAGUCCUGUGAUUUAAGUAUAGAAAAAUCCAAACAACAUUGUCUUAAUAAAAAAACAAUAAAAUAGAGGCAAAUUAAAAAGAAAUAUUUUAUGCUUAAAUGAAUAAAUGCCAAGGAAUUUUUUGCUUAACCUUUUGUCAGUUAAUAGUCUCUUUUCUUUGUGAGAAGACGUCUUGGCUAUGUAAAGAAUGUUUGGUUAACAUGAAAGGUUACUUGAGAUUGUAUAUAUUAACCUUUGUAAAAAAUGAGAAGCUGUGUGUUGUUGCUUGAGAUGGAGAUCUGUUUUGGGUAAAAUAAACAUAGAACAAUAUCAUCCAUCAUCUUCACCAUCAUUUAAUGUUUAAGUUAGAUGGUUUGAUAGGUUCAAGGACUGCAUCAUACUCCAGUAUCUGCUUUUGUAUGAUUUCUAGGGCUGGAUAUCCCUUCCUAAUGCUAUCCACAUUACAGAGUGUAUUUGUCACUGGUGCUAAUGAGGUCAUCAUGCACUUUGCAAGACUACAAAACAUGAGGGGGGGGGAUGUAGGCUUUAUGCUAGGAAAUGAGGGUUAUUUUAUGAGAGAAAGGAGUGGGGCAGAGCUGGUUCUUGUUACAGUGGGGCAACAUGGCUACUAACAAUUAAACAGGAGUUGCUUUAGGUUUUUUCAUUACUUAAGACUACAAAAACUAUUCUAAUUCCUAAGUAAGUCAAAUUCCAUCAGAAUCUGGUUCUUUGUAAUACCUGGUGGUUGACAGUAAAAAAAUUCUAAAAGUGAUUUGUCUGAAAGUGUCAUAUAAGACCUCUCCUAGUUUCAUUGAUGUCAUUCUUUUUGAAUAGCUUUGAUCAUCAAUUCUUUAGUUAGACCUAUGACACAGGGGUACCUCUUUAGUGCUUAGUGUCUCUCAUAUGCUUAUUAUAUGAUGCCUGACCUAUUGACUUGAGACAAACUUCAUUGUUUUAAGGCUUGAAGCUUUAAGACAUGCAUUCAAUUUACUCUGUCAAAUGUAAGACUUGUUUAUCCAUAUUAUUUUGAAUUAUGUAUUAUUACAUAGCUACAAAAUUUCAAUGAUGUGAUUGUUUAUUUUUAGAAUGACAUUGUAGGGUAGGUGUAAGAAGCUAGAUCUAGCUGGUUUGAACAUAAAACAGGUAGAAUAUCAGUACCAGAUAUGGCCACUUAAAAUACUAAGCGGUUAAACAUGUGGUCCAUAAUCUAAAGACUAUAGGGAGAGUUUACUGCUAUGAUUUGCUACUGACAAUGUGAAGGAAAUUUCCUGUGGUCCUCAAUUUCAAUGCAGAUCCAAUAUUUUCCACAAUACAGUUAAAUUACUUUCUACAAAAAAUAAACUGGAAUAGUAUUACCACAUCUCUAACAAAUACUGUUGGGAUUGUUGACUAUUUUGUAUUGUGGUUCAAACUUAAAACUGGGCUUCGUUCAACAUUCUACUUCUUUUCAUUCCAUAUUCAUCACAUACUAUAUUACAUAUUAUACUAAAUGCAUAGACUUCCUGAUAAGGAUUCAGACUCUUUUUUGCUUGUGGAUGUUAAUUUAAGCAUCAUAGUGAAACUGGCAGACAUUAUAUAUUAUUAUAUAUUACAGAGUAACUGCUAAGCAGUGAUGUGUAUAAAUACAAACUUGUUACCAGUUCAAAUAUGCCUCAUGCAUCUUUGAACUGGUAACAGUUAAUAUUAUAUUUUGUUAUAUAUUAUAAAACAUAAUAUGUAUUACUAUGAUAAUAUACCAUGUCUGCUGGAAUAAUAUAUUAUAAUUUGUCAUUUGUGUUGUUCGUUCAUUACCCGUCCUGUUCUCAACAAAAUAUGGCAUUAUGUUUUUAGUUGAGUACCCCAUUGUCAUAAAUAUUCCAUUGAUCUACAAUUUGUUUUAAUCCUUUUGGUACCAAUUCACCUGAAAUGACUCCUGGUUCUGUGAUACAAAACUGUCUAUUUUAAAGUGCUCAUAUUUAAUUUCAAAACUUCCAUCAUAAAUGUUAGAAUAUUUUCCUAAGUCAUCAGCUUAAUAAUGAAAAUGUUAUUUUAUGAAUACUUUCAAAAUUUUAAUUAUUUUUAAAGCUAAUUGAAGUGCAUAAGCAGUAUAUUUCAUUAAUCCUUCAGAAUUCAGAUUACUCUGUUUAAUGUAAUGUUAUUUACAUUGUUUUGAAUUAAUCAUACAAUUAUCUUGUAGAUUUAAGAUUUCAAUGAUGCAUUUGUUUACUUUUAAAAUGACAUUGCAGGGUAGUUGUGAGAGGCCUGAUCUGGUCAGUUUGAACACAAAACAGGUAGAAUAUUUGGGCUAGAUAUAGCUGGUUUAAAUGCUGAGGGGUUAAAAGUAUUGUAUGAAAUAGUUAAGGACAGCAGUAAGAUGUAUAAAAUAUUGUGUUUUCUUCCAUUCAUUUGUGAGGAUUUUUCUUCAGUGGUAAUUAUAAUGGCAAUAUGUUACUCUGGUACUGGUAUCUUUUGUGGUUGCCUUGUCUGGAUAUAAUAACAGCUAAACUUGUUGCUGAUUAUUCUGUUGUGGAGUGUGCACUUGUUGAAAAAAUAUUCUUCAUAUCUGCACUUAUGUGAGUGUUGUAAUGUUUCUACUUCUGGAAGUCACAUGUUAGUUAAAAACUGAAAACAUUUGAAGAAGUUAUAUCAUUAAAAUAAUCAUGAAAAGACAGACUUUACUAACUAACAAUUAACCCUGUUUUUCUCACUGGGGAUAUUUGCAAGGUCACUUGACUGUAAAUAAACUUGUUCCAAUACCAACUUAUUCAUUAUUGUUCCAUAAUAACACAAGUGUAUUGUACCAAUCAUGGAACUAUUGUCCAAAGUGAAUUAGUUGUUUCAAGAAAAAAGUAUCUUUUUACACCUUCAUAAACGACAUUUUAUAACUAAAUCCCCAAACCAAAUUUUUAUUCACAAAUGAAAACAAUCAGUUGUAUAUUGUAUUCUUUUAAUGGAUUUUUACCAAGCUGAUAUCAAAUUUCUCUUACAAUAUUAUUGGUUUUUUACCCGCCUACUUGCAUUUGGCUGAUGUUUAUGAUACCAUAAAAUAUCCUCAACAAUUAUCUGAAUUUUUUUUCCUGUUUUACAUUCAUUUUUCUUUUUACCUUGUUGAUUUUCUUUUUCAUGACAGACCUAAGCAAAUGUUGAAUUUGUUGGCUGUCAAAAUAAUUGGACUUUCAAACAAUAUUACAACAUUAUUCUGUUUCUCUGUUUCUGUCUUCCUUGUUAAAAAUUAACCCUACUCCAUCUCGGUGAAUAUUAAGAAGGUAAUAAUAAAAUAAACUUACUCCAAUAAUAUGCAAGUACUCCAAUUUGGAAAAAAACAAAACAAAUUUCCUUAUGCUAGUUAAAAUAGAUCAAACCAUUAUUAUUAUUUUAAGGCAGUGAACUGGCAGAAUUGUUAGAAUGCUGGACAAAAUUUCUGUUAAGGUCAACUUUGCCUUUUGUCCUUUCAGGGUUGAUAAAAUAAGUACCCUUUGAAAUGAGCAAUUGAUUUAUCCCCUCCCCUGAAAUUGCUGGCCUUGUGCCAAAAGUUGAAACCAUUAUUAUUAAGGUGGUGAGCUGGCAGAAUCGUUAGCAUGCCAGGCAAAAUGCUCAGUGGUAUUUUGUCUGUCCUCAUGUUCUGAGUUCAAAUUCUACUGAGGUCGACUUUGCCUCUCAUCCUUUCGAGGUCAAUAGAAUAAGUACCACCUCCAAAAUUUCAGGAUUAUCAUUAUUAUUAUGGUGACAAGCUGAGAGAACUGUUAGUGCACCAGGCAAAAUGCUGAGCAGUAUUCUUUUUGGCCCUUUUCAUUCAGAGUUCAAAUUCCGCUAAGGUCGACUUUGUCUUUUAUUGUUUUAGGGUUGAUAAAAUAAAGUACUGGGGUUGAUGUAAGCGAUUAUCUCCCUUCCCCAAGAUUUCAGACCAAAGCAUUAUUAUUACUGUUAUUAUUCAGGUGGUGAGCUCGCAGACUAUAACUGUAUCAAGCAAAAUGCUUUGCAGCAUUUCUUCCAUUGGCUUUUUAUGUUCUAAGUUCAAAUUCUGCCAUGGUCAACUUUUCCUUUCAUCCUUUUGUGGUCAAUAGAAUAGGUACUAGUUAAGUACUGGGGCCAAUGUAAUCAAGUAACACCCUCCUGCUAAAACUGCUGGCCUUGUACCAAAAUUAGAAAGAAUUAUUGUUAUAAUUUCCAUUUCACUUCUCAGAGCUGUUGAUUUUACAUUCUCCUGUUAAUUCUGUAAGAGCAGACAGCAACCAAUUGUCAAUGGCCUCAUAGAGUCUCUUUCCACGAUACUUAACACCAAUCUCAAAGUCCUCUCUGUCUCCGAUAGAGCAGUUUUCUGAGCAUGUUCUACCCUCAUGUCUGGUCCAAUUUCUCCAAUAUUUCUCAAACCUGGUUGUUAGUGUUCCCAGUGCCCCUACACUACUGGGAUGACAGUUACUCUUCAUCGUCCUACAAUAUUCCUACAAUUUCGUCUUUUAGCAGCUUGUACUUUUCAAUCUUUUUCAAUUCUUUGUCACCCACUCAUGCAUCCCCGGGUAUAGCAAUAUCUAUGAUCUUGGUUUCCUUUUUAUUCAAUACAACAAUGUCUGGUCUCUAAGUAUCAAUCACUGAGUCACACUGGAUUGUAAAAUCCCAUAAGAUCUUAUACUCGUUAUGCUCGGUGAUGCCUCCUGGUUUCUACUUGUACCAUUUCUGUGUUCUUUCAAGACCGUACUUCUCACACACUCCCCAGUGAACAAACUUAGCUAUGUUACCAUGUUUCCUUUUGUAUUCCUUUUGGGCCAGUUUGCUACACUCACUCACAAUUUGUGAGAUUGUUUCAUUUUUUGCUGCCAUACAUCCUACAAAGGAUCUAUUUGGAACUUGGUGUAAUAACUUCCCAGAGUUUGUCCCUGGACGCUGAAUAUCAGUGCCUUGGUACAUCCUUUCAAGUAUUUUUCCUUAGCCACCUUCCAGUAUUGGUCUUGUUUGUAGUAGAAUUGUUAGAACUUCAGUUGAAAUGCCUUGCGAAAUUUGUUCUGGUUAUAUAUUUUCUGAGAUCAAAUCCUACUGAGGUCAAUUUUACCUUUUCUCCCUCUGGGGUCGAUAAAGUAAAAUACCACUCUAAUACUGGGUCCACUUCACUCAAAAUUGCUGACUUUUUUUUUUUUUUUUUUUUUUUUUUUUUUUUUUGGCGAAGAGUCGAAUGCAUUCGCCUCAAGACACGACUGAUACUUAUUUUAUCAACACCAAAAGGAUGAAAGGCAAAAUCAUCCUCGGUGGAAUUUAAAUCAGAAUGCAAAAACAGACGAAAUUCCACUAAGCAUUUUGCCCAGCGUAUUAAUGAUUCUGCCAACUCGCCCAAUUUCCAGCAUAGAUAGAAAGCUUCAAAUUUGAGGAGUGGGAAUCGAUUAAAUUGCCUCCAGUGCAUGACUGGCACUUUAUUUACCAUUCCCAGAUGGAUGAAUGGCAACACUGACUUUGGUAAAAUUUGAACUCAAAAUAUAGAGCCAGAAAAAGUACGCAUUUUAUCUAACAUUGUAAUGAUUCUGCCAAAUAAUAGCAAGAGAAAACAAGUGUCUAAAACACAGAGAAAAGGUGCCACGCUACUGAACGACAUGUCCUUCAGAUCAAUGCUGGGUUUCUACAAACCCGAGAAAAAUAUGUGAUACGAGGAAGAAAAUAAUUUAUUAUAACGUCAAACAAAAACAUUAAGGUACUGGAAACGCUUUAGUUUGGCCAACGAGUAAAAAAUGUUCUUAAAGGCUUUUUGAGUGUAGCCAGUUUCAGUUAAACUAGUAGCAGACGAGAAGAGCCACGGGAGACACACAGUCGACCUAGGUAGUGAUUCUUCAUCCAGCUUCUGUUUUCCUUGUUUGAAUUUUAUCUUGUGUUCAUUAUUGUAUAUUUUUAAAUAUAAUUUUAUAUUUAUUUUGUGUUAUUUAAUCCUCAAAAUUUUAAAAUAAUCAUAUAAUAUUUUCGUUUCAGUACAAGUUUGUCUUGUCCACCCUCAAGUUUUUACGUUAUAUUUGUAUGUAUAUAUGAGCCCUUGUGACAAAUAAAGAAAUUAUUAUUAUUAUUAUUA